AUGGCUGCAAAUCCUCUUGGUGAUGUGUUGAUUCUCGGCCAGCCCGAUGCGGUUGGGGGCACCGCGAUCAGUCCUCCCAGCCACGAAGCGAUCAACGCCUUCAGCGACGAGAAGCAUCGCAUUGCUGUCGAUGAUGGAGAAAUCGAGAAGAAGGUUGCUCUGGAGCCCGAGAUCAAGGCAGUCCUUCCCGAAUACGAUGCGUCCGAAAAAGACAAGGACGACAAUGGUGAAGACCAUAUCAUUGUUACUGGCGCUGACGCAGCUGCUCACCUACUGCCCCUAAGAGACGACUUCGUACCUGCGGUGACCUUUCGAAGUAUCUUCUUAGCCUCUAUUCUGUCCGCGUUCCAAGCCGUUGUAUUUCAGAUCUACCAGUUCAAGCCCACCCUGAUCACCAUCCAAGGAACCUUCAUCGUCCUUAUGGCCUAUUUUCUCGGUAGAGGAUGGGUCAAGCUGCUACCACGUGGAGAUAAAUUCGAGGCUCGGUGGAGAGAAAAGGGCGGAGUUGGCAAGACACCCCUAUGGAUCACAAUAAUGUCGUUCUUCAACUACGGAGAGUGGAAUCUGAAGGAGCAUGCCAUCACGUCAAUCACUGCAACCUCUGCGUCGAUCGCAGCUCCUAGCAGUCAGGUCUUCGCGGCAUCCGACCUCUUCUACGAUAUGCCUCUGAGUCCCAUCACUGUGAUCUUCAGCACCAUCUCUAUUGGACUCUUCGGCUACGGUAUCUGUGGUAUAAUGCGUCCUAUCUGCAUUUGGCACGUUGAUUCGGUUUACUGGAGUAGUCUUCCCACGGUGAAGGUGCUCCAGGGUCUCCAUUGGCAGACUGUCAAGGACUCCAAGCCACUCCGGUGGUUCUGGAUCGCAUUCUCUGGCAUGUUUGUAUACGAGUUCUUCCCUGCUUACAUAUUCCCAUGGCUGAACUCUGUAUCGAUCCCUUGUCUGGCUGCUAUGCAUGCGACUGGGUCCAAGGCAGCUAUUCUAACCAACCUCUUCGGCGGAGCUACCAAUAAUGAGGGUCUGGGCUGGUUCAGCAUCUCGUUCGAUUGGCAAUACAUCACCUCCUUCCAAUCAUCACUCCCGCUCAAAUUCCAGCUGCAUCAGACAGCCGGAUUCAUAGUCUGCUUCUUCGUUAUGCUUGGCAUCUACUACGGUAAUGCCUGGGGUUCAAGGAGUCUUCCUUUCAUGUCGACACGUCUCUUGACCCAGGAUGGCAAACAGUAUCCAAGCGAAAGCGUCUUCAUCGACGGCAUUCUCGAUGAGAAAGCAUUGCUACAAUACGGUCUACCGAGAAUCACGGGUACCUUUGCCUAUGCCAUGUUCAUGGCUAAUGCUGCAAUUGGCGCAUUGGUCGCUCAUACUGUUCUCUUUUGGGGUGGCGAUACAGUCAAAGCGUUCAAGGAUGCUAAGAAAGGAAAGUUUGAUGAUCCCCACCACGCGCACAUGGCCAAGCAUUACAAGGAUGCGCCGCAAUGGUGGUAUCUUGUUGUACUUCUUGUUAGCUUCGUGCUGGGUCUUGUCGUUGUGAUCAAAGAGAACGUUACCCUCCCAGUUUGGGCUUAUGUCAUUGCACUGGCAAUGGGGACAAUCAUUUCGCCAUUCAGUACCUUGCUCUAUGCUCGCUUUGGUAACGGUAUUGCAACCAACAACUUGUCCAAAGUCAUUGCUGGACUGAUCCUGCCCGGACGCCCGAUUGGAAACAUGUACUUCGCCGCGUGGUCGCACAAUGUCAUCAAUAGUGCUGUCCAGCUCAGUAUGGAUCUGAAAUUGGGCGAAUACCUCAAGAUACCUCCUCGCGUCAUGUUCAUGACCCAAAUCUACGGCACUGUUUUGGGUGGAUUCAUCAACUACGCCGUCAUGAUCUCAAUCGUCACAGGCAACAAACACCUCCUAGCUGACACCGACGGUAACGCAUCGUGGAGCGGCGCAACCAUCCAGUCGUACAACACCAACGCCUCGACCUGGGCGCUCGCCGCCUACCUAUACAAGCAAGGAAAGACUUACUCCAUUGUGCCCCUGGGUCUUCUCAUUGGCGCCGCUAUCGUCCUGGCGCACCGUAUCUUAGUCCGAUUCGUCCCGCACAUCGGUAAAUUUUCCCUGCGCGAGAUCAACUUUCCUCAGUUCAUUCAAUUCGCCGGUUACAUUCCGUACAACCAAAGCCAGACGUGCGUGAUUCUUAGCUGGACAAUUGUCGGCUUCUUCACCCAAUUCUACCUUCGCAACUACCGCCCGCGCAUCUUCAGGGACUACUCCUACCUGAUCGCAGGUGCCUUCGAUGGCGCAAGUCUGACUUGCUUGUUCAUUCUGUCAUUUGCUGUCUUUGGUGCUGGAGGGCCUGCGAUUCCGUUCCCGCAAUGGUGGGGUAACAACAGCGCUGGAAACUAUGAUUUGUGUCCUGUAGCGGAAUAA